GUUAGACUACAGUAGUUCAUCCGGAAUGCAAGCCACCACUAGCUAGUGACAGUCUAAGUCAUACUACGUAGUAAUAUGCUAGCUAGCUAGUAGACGAGUACCGGUACAACAGCAAACGAUGAAUCUUCCGACGAACCAUAAAACGGAAAGAUGCAAGCUACUACUGAUACCGGUAUGGAUGAUGCAUCCAGACCACCUGGUGGCGAUCCAAAGACCACAUCAAGUGUUUCUACUGAUGGUACCGGUACCGCUAAUGGUGGUCCUCUGAACCGAAGUCCCACUAGAAAGGAACAGUUGCAAAAGUCAUUGGGAUUCUACGUGGCCAUUGAAACUGCAUGGCAUCUCGCUUUGUUUGCGGCAUGUUACCGCUACCGGCCCAUGAUGCGUCUGAGCAAGACUGCGGCCGGAAAACGAGUCCUGCAACAACUCCAGGGGUGGACCAAGCGGAGGAGGACGGAAAACCGUGGUAGUAGCACGGGUGGGACCGGUAGUCGAGUCUGGCAAUCGAUGCAGAGAACUGUCCAGGCCAUUCCUGUUGUCAGGGACCCACAACGUGCCGUAGUAGCCUUUUCGGAGUGGUUCUUCUUCAACAAAACCAUAGGAAUUCCUCUGUGGCCCACCAAACUAUUCCUAGCUGCUUGGCUAUCCCAAAAGUUUGAACAGUACACGUGUACAAGCAACGAUACUACCUGAGCUACAAUGCUUCAAGUUUUGGUGGUAUUGGUUGUAUUGGUGGAGGUAUUCAGGACUUGUUCCGGAGUCAUCGUCGCCAAGAACAGAAGGAAACGUUUAGUAACCAAGACAAACAAGAAGAAGCAAACGAUGGGAGUGUGCUGAUAGAAGAAGAAAAUGAAAGCGGCUACGGAGGACAUGGGCGCCAUCAACAGCAGCAUCAAUGAAUUGCUUGAUUCGAUUCAUGUUCGUGAGCUUGAAAGGUAAGCAAGCUGGGUUUCCCCGUCAUUUACUGGAGGGUGUGCUUGGCUUUCUUUCCGAUAGCGCUACCGGUAUGCCAUACCGGUACCGUACCGGCACGGUAGAAGACACAGUCCAGGACGAUAAACUGAUAGAGUGGACUCAAGAGUAGUCAAGAAGCUUCGAUUAUUACGACUGAGAUAAUUUGGAUUCUUUUCAAUUCUCGCUCUACCCUGCCCUCUCGUCCGGUAGCGAACCUCUCUUCAACCGAGGAAUCCCUGUUUGGCACUCCUACCGAUACUACCGGUAUACAUCGCCGUGGUGAUAUUGUGAUAUGAUUGCAACUCAACAUGUGGUGGCCCCCCGCCCAACCAAACUCCCAUAUCAAAUAGAUUAUAGACAUCAAACUAGCUAGACUACAGCUGUUGCCUCAAGU